UACCUCAAAACAGACUGACAGGCACUUGUUCUAGCAGGAGUGAGCUGUAGCUGGAUAGCUAGCUACCACGACACAAGGGCAGCACAGGAAACUAUACUAGCUCAUCCGCCCGUUCACCCACUGACAAGUCAGAUCACAAAGCUCAUUCCGUCACUGGAUGUUUCUGUAGUAAUACAGGAUAUUUCACAACACCGGCGUUAGUCGGUAAGACUGUUGUUAAUCAUCGUUUCCCAACGUGAACGCCGGAAUGGCGUUCAUGGAGAAGCCGUCUGCGGGAAAGAUCCUGCUGGACGACACCGUGGCGCUGACAGCUGUAAUCGAAGCGAGUCAGAACCUUCACUCCCACACAGAAUACAUUAUUCGAGUUCAGAGGGGUGUUUCUCCUGAGAACAGUUGGCAGGUCAUAAGAAGAUACAGUGACUUUGACAUGCUGAACAAUAGUUUACUGAUCUCUGGCCUCAAUAUGCCCCUUCCGCCCAAAAAGCUGAUUGGAAACAUGGACAGAGAGUUCAUUGCAGAGAGGCAGAAGGGCCUGCAAACCUAUCUGAACUUCAUCACGACGCACCACAUUCUCUCCAGCUCUGAGCUUGUCAAGAAGUUCCUGGAUACCAAUAACUACUCCUCUAACUACACAGAAAUUGCCCUGCAGCAAGUUUCCAUGUUCUUCAGGUCUGACCCCAAGUGGGAAGUGGUGGAGCCACUGAAGGAUAUUGGGUGGAGAUUACGAAAGAAAUACUUUCUAAUCAAAAACAAAGAUCAGCCCAAGGAGCGCCAAGUCUUAAGCUGGGUUGACCUGGGUCCUGAUAAGUUCCUGUCAGACAAAGACCUACAGUCUGCGAUGAAGCUCCUCCCCACAGUAUCAAACUCUUACAUUUUCCCAGUCACCUUUGCCACUACCAGCGAGUCGUCUGCACUAGUGAUCCGAACAUACAAUGAAAAAGGGACUCUUAGAGAUCACAUAUGCAAGGUGAAACCAAAAGAACCUUUCUUGAAAAAGUAUUGCAACCCCAAGAAGAUCCAAGGCCUGGAGCUCCAGCAGAUCAGAACUUACGGGAGGCAGAUCUUGGAGAUCCUAAAAUUUCUGCAUGAUAAAGGAUUCCCGUACGGACACCUCCACGCGUCCAACGUCGUGCUGGAGGAUGACACGUGCAGACUGCUGGACAUAGAAAACUCUCUGCUUGGGCUGCCGUCCUACUACAGACCCUAUGUAGCACAGUUCAGGAAAAUCAAUACCACAGAGAGCAUCGAUGUGUAUUCCUUCGGACACCUGCUGUAUGAAAUGGCGUAUGGGAGACCUCCGGAUUCGGUGCCAGUUGAUCAGUACCCUCCUGCUCCGUCCCCAUCUGUGGUGAUGGUGCUGCAGUCUAUCCUGUCCACUGAGGCUUGUAAAGGUGGGAUGCCCACCGUUGCCCAACUCUUGCAGACACCACUGUUUAGCGAUGUGAUGUUGUGUAACUCAGAGAAGCUACAGUUUAAGAUCACCACCAAAUUAAAGGAUGCCCUGAAAACUGCCAAAGAGUGCUUGGAGAAACGGCUGCAAGAGGAGCAGAAAAUGAUCCACCAGCACAGGCGACUGACUCGAGCUCAGUCUCACCAUGGCUCAGAAGAGGAAAAAAAGAGGAGGAAGAUCCUGGCCAGAAAGAAAAACAGGCAGUCAGCUUACGAAAAUGAAGAAGACCUUUCUGCAAAAUAUAACAACAAUUCUGGUUCAGGAGCCAGCUCCCCCCCAACGUCCCCCUCCUCCCCCACCCCUCCUCCCACCACAGGGAACCCGCCGCCGCCGCCUCCGCCGCCUCCCCCUCCACCACCACCGUGUGAGCCGGCCCAGACCCCGUCACCCCCCUUGCCCUCUGUGAAUGGCGUGGGCCGAGGCGCUUUGCUCAGUUCAAUCCAAUCCUUCAGCAAAGGGAAGCUUAAGAAGGCAGAGACCAACGACCGCAGCAUCCUCCACUUGUGAGGGACACGUUACAUUGAAUUACAUUACAUGACAUUAAGCAGAUACCCUCAUCCAGAGCGACUUACACGGCUUGCAUUUCACACACAGUCCAUUUAAACAACUGGAUAUUUACUGAAAAAAUUUUGCUUAAGUACCAUGCUCAAGGCUUCAACUAGCACUACCCCAGCUGGGAAUCAAACCUUCAGCCUGAGUUGCAAGUCCCAAACCUUUUACUUGAAUUACAAGUUCUGUUUCCUAACCAUUGUACUAUAUUGCUGCCCUGCACAUUUAUACACUGCUCCUGGGGUAGGGUUUACGCAGUGAUGGCUUUUCUCCCUUUUAUUUUAAUGCCUUAUUUUUGUUAUUUGUGUUUUUUAGUGCAGUCCCUUUGGUUUUGGUUUGCUGAAGAGUGCUGCUUUGGUUGUUUCCCCUCUGACUAAUCAUGCAUUGUUCUCACUGGCUACAUUUAAGUGCACCAGGCCUGUGUCAUCUUGGUUCAGAGCUGCUCAUUUAUUAGCAUUUUCUACUUUGUUAGGACAUCUAUUUCUUACUACAUCAGAGGUCAGCUUCUUACAGUGCUCCAGAAAGACCAGUUAUUAAUACAGUGCCACAGAGAAAUGCUCGCAGGUUUACAUUUUGUGUUGUACUUGAGGGUGUUGUUCUUUCCUUUACGAGUGCAUGCUAUUUGCAAUAAUGGAAGCCUUGUUUAGAAUUCCCAUGAAGCUGGUAGCCUACAAACGACAUGUAAAUUGUAUUGUGGUGACUUAUUCAUUUUGAAUCUUAUUUGUUUGAGGAAACCAAGGGGGAUGUUCGAUAGUUAGUCACAGCAAUACAGUGAAGGAGGUUUCCUGGCUGUGUAUGACUACGUUUAGCUCCACAGUACAUUGUUAGCCCAGUGCCCAGUCCUAACAGUUCCAGCCCCAACAUGCUGGCUGCUUUUUCAAUGAGAGCCUCCACACCAAGCUCCUCAUUUUCACACAGUUUGGGGAUGUGCCAGUAUUCAUGAAAACAAAGACUUUGGAAUCCCCGUUUGCUGCACACUUGAGUUAUGAGUGGCCCGUGUGUGCCACGGUCCACAGUGAACAAAAAGAAUAACCCCAAAUUCCUGAUUCCACAAUAUCAGAGUACACACAGGAACAUCUGAACAGCCUGGUUUUGGCAGUGAGAUGAGGGAGACUGGAACGAGUGCAGGCCAGCCUGACUCGAGUCCUCAAAAUAGCCCGUCAGGAUAAGGUUAGAGGUGUGCUAAUGUACAAUACAUGGGACAAACCUGGCGUUGUUGAUUAAUAGCCAGCCAGGCCACUGUAAACCCAUCAUCACAUGUUCCCACCUGAGCUCAUCAGGUAUUUCAUGGAAGUAUUUAAUGAGUGUCUCAGAUUUUGAGGUAGAGGAGAUUCUGACCGUAGCAUCGCACAUUGGUUUUCAUACAUUUGAUUUCUGUGUAGUCCAACGAGCAAACAUUUUGACAUUUAUACUAGUAACUAUGCUUAAAAUGGCCAUCUAGGUCUGCAUUAUCGAGCAGUAAGCAGUAAUUCAUCUUUAAUGAAGUAUUUUACCCAAAAUACCCACACAUACUGCUUGUGUGUGAAGUUUUUUGUACUGAACAAUCGAGCACAAAGUCAUUGGCACUUACAAAGACUAGUAAUGAUUGCUUGCUACAUAUACUGUAACUAAAUACUCUCCUUAUUUUUAUUCCUCUGUAUCUAUUAUUGCCUGUUGAAUAUGCUGGCCUUUAAAAGUGUAAUUUAUUUUCAAAUAGAAAAAGUAAUAAUGCAUUUUGAUUCUUUGGAGAAUCUAUUUGCUGCAGUGCCACAUCUACCUUAGUGCCUAAGAUAUUUUUUCUAAAGCAUCUUUAAUGUAAUUGUUGGCUGUAAAGAUCCUAUUUAGACCAUUCGGUAAAAUGCAGUUAAGAAACAAAGAAAAUUCUGUGUAAUUACUGUGCAGAGCAAAAAAGGGCAAGUAUGCAUUUCUCUCUAGCACCAUCUUGCCAUUAGAGAGAGGAGGACCAGCCCUAAAACUAAUAUACGGUGUCAGGUCAUAACACAGAGAACCUGUGUGCAGACAGGCUUUUUAUGAAUAUGGACUCUGCAUAAAAUCGGUGAAAAGUAACUAGAUGCUGAUUUCCUUCAUUAGUUUUUUUUCCCAUGACCACACCGCGGAAAAUGCUGAAAACAAACAUUAUGGCCCCCAUACAGGAUUUAAAAAGGUCUAGAUAAUUGUAUAUUGGUUUUCUGAAAUGUGCCAUCAUCUUAUAUUGUUUAAUGAUCCCGGUGGGUACCAGAUGGAUCUUCUUAUCUGGUUUUUGAUUAUGUUAUACUGGGGGGGAAAUGCAGGUUAUGUGUGCUUUUGUGGUUUCAAAAAUCAUUUUGCAAUCAUUUUUAUAAAUCAGGGCAUUUGCACAGUUCAGCUUUGGAAGCUUAGUUUAUCUCUGCCUUCUGUGAUCACUUUGUUUUGAUGAGCAAGUUGUUUGAAACCUAGUGUGAUUUGAGUAAAGGGUUACGAUUGCUCUUUGAACCAAAUAUCUCAUAGUUUCAGAAGCUCAUCUAUGUUGCUUAAAUACUCUAAAUCUCACUCUCACACAGCAGUGUCUAAGUAGAGUACAUCAGUCAGUGCUUUAAUGCAGUUAUCAAAAAAACUGGCAGCAAACUAGACAAAACUGAUUUGAUUUCUGACUUGACUGUUGAGUUCCAAAGCAUACGUAUUGAUAUGUUCUCUUUGAACUCAACAUUUAAGACAUGUUUUUCUUUAUGGAAUUUUAAAUUAUACUAGGAUUUGUUUUCAGCCACUUUCUAUUUAUUGAAAGUUAAGAUUUUUUUUGUGGUCUUGAAGUAUGUUUAUAUGACAUAUUACCAAGUGACUGCAGUAGCACUGUUGGGUUUACAUAAACGGUUUCCAUUUUUUAAUAGAAGAAAAAUAAUUAUAAGUGUUUUCUUGUUUUUGGCUUAUCCUGUAACCCACUAUUUCAGUUACUUCUUGCUCUUUUACUAGCUACUGGCUAGCUUGUAUGUGUCUUGGGCUCCAUGUGGUGAAAAAUUAAGAUAAAGAAACCAGUCUUCAUUUCAUUUCUAUUUAUUGUAAAAGACGCAUUCUCUUCUGUCAUUAAACGCUGUAUUUUUAGAGUGACGGUUGAACUUCCAAAAUGAACAUAUGCUGUGCUGUCUUAAUGAUUAGUUUCCACCUGCACAUGUUGUUGUACAUAAUGUUUAGUUGUGGUGUAAUAUGCAGUUUAUUAACCUGGAUUUUUAUUUCUGCAUAUCACUGCCACUCAUCUCAUGUUUGCACUGUUGAAUUUUGACAGAAAAUUGUGAAAUAACAAAAUUGUUUGCUGACUGCUGCAAACAUUUAUUACCCAUUAACUGGCAUGUAUAGAAAGGUCUUUUACAUUUUUAAAGGUAAAUCUCUGCACUUUAGCAUGAACAUUUCAGACCUUUUCUGAUCCAAAACAAUUAUAUUUUGCUGUUCGCGCUAUAUAUAUAUAUAUAUAUAUAUAUAUAUAUAUAUAUACAUUUGUGCUACUUUUACAAUUCUUUUAAGAGUAUAAAUUGUUUUUGUUGGUGAUGAAGAAAGGGUUGAUUUACCAAGAUAUUUUCAUAGCUUGCAUCUCAUUUUAACCUUUAUCCAACUGAAUAAAUGAUGUUUAAAUGUUACCAAUACUAAAUACAAUUUCUGUAAUAUUUUCAUGUGAUGUGUUCCUUCCUUUUAUGUUGUGGCUGAAUUAGUUUUAACUGCCAUUAGAAAAACAGAACCAUGAGAAUCUUAUUAUUACAGAGGUUGUUGUUGUAUGUAUAUAUGUAAAAACAUCCAUGUAACUUGCAACAAAAUCUGUGAUUAUUUUAUUAAAAUAAUGAUAAAUA